UAAACGCAAAGCAGGGCUGGUUGUAUACCAUCACCUUGAAAACGUCGCUAUGUCUUCCAAAAGCAAGUUGAGAGCACCGCCACCGCCGGCCGAAACGCUCGAUACUCGUUCGUCUUCAUCAAGCGACGACGGCGAGGAGCUUGUGAUGGCUGUGCGGCAUCUUGAAGGAGAGGAAAGUGACGCCGAAGAGCAAGAUAGCCUGCUGCGGUCUGAGACUGAUGAGAGAGAGGAGAGGCAGACUUGGGUCUUGGAGCACUCGUUAGGGCCACAUCGACGGAAUGGCAGAAUCACAAUACGAGGCUUUUCACUACCAAAACCCCUCUUCUACUUGCUCAGCCUGCUGCCCACCCUGAUCAUCCUCAACCUCAUCUUCAGUCGCAGCAUCUCGUCCAGCCCUCGUCAUCCCACCCUCUCCAACGGUACGCACGCAUACCACCCCACCACACUGCUCAUCUCCCUCGACGGCUUUCGCCCCCCCUAUUUCUCCUCCCACGCCGACUUGCUACCCAACCUCCACGCGCUCGCAUCCCACCCCGCGGGGUUGAGAGCAGAGAGCAUGCAGCCCGUCUUCCCCUCUCUCACAUUCCCAAACCACUGGGCGCUCAUGACGGGGCUCUACCCAGAGGAACACGGGAUUAUAGCGAAUGAUUUUUGGGAUCCAGACUUCAAAGGGGGCAAGGGAGGGCAGUUUGUGUAUACGGAUGAGAGUAAGAGUUGGGAUGGGGAGUGGUGGAAGGGGGAGCCGGUUUGGAGUGUUGUGGAGAAGAUGGGGAGGAAGGCGGCUGUUAGCAUGUGGCCGGGACCGCCUGUGACGUCUGAAGGCGUGUCAGCAAGCUACUUUGUACCAUACCGCAACCUCGCCCCCUCUCCAAAAGUCGAUCAAAUCCUUCAAUGGCUCGACCUUCCCCUCUCCCACCGCCCAGAAUUCAUUGCCUCCUAUUUCCCCGAGAUCGACCAGGCGGGCCACGCCCAUGGACCGGAUUCCGAGGAAGUGGCAGAUGCACUGGGGUUGUUAGAUGGAAUGGUUGGGGACUUGGUGCGGGGGCUGGAAGGGAGGAAUUUGACGGGGGUUGUGGAUGUUGUUAUCGUUUCUGAUCAUGGCAUGACGAGGACGAGUAAUGAUAGGCUUAUUUUCUUGGAUGACAUUUUGGGCGAAGGCAUGAAGGAUAUAGAACACAAAGACGGCUGGCCCUCAGUAGGCAUCCGAUUCAACCCCUCCCUCUCCCCAUCCACCCUAUCGGCCCAUAUCACAACCCUCCAAAACGCCGCCACCCAGUCGAACGGGACCUUUGGCGUGUAUACGCGUGAAAGUAUGCCGGAGAGAUGGCAUUUCAGCAAGUCGGGGAGGAUUGCUGGGGUUUGGGUCGUACCGACUUUGGGGUGGGGGGUUACGGAUCAUCAUGAAUUUGAGGUGAUACACAAAAGAGAUUACAAACCGUAUGGUAAUCAUGAUGUAGAUAAUAUCUUUCCGGAUAUGCAAGCCAUCUUCUUCACCCGCGGUCCUCUGGCGAGGGCGUUGAGGAAAUCGGGGGUGGGGCUUGUGGAAAGUGGGGAACCGGGGGUGCCGGCUCUGCAGAGUUUCAAGAACCUCGAGAUCUUUUCGUUGUGUACGAAAUUGUUGGGGUUGAGGGAUGUGGAGCCGGGGCAUAAUGGGACGGAAGGCUUUUGGGAGAGGUGGUUGGUCUAG